AUGGCCGGGCGCCCUAGUUUAGGAAAGAUCUCCGAAGAAGGUAAUCAUGGAAAUACAUCUGUGGCUGAAGAUAGAGUCAAAGAAGUGGAAAAUGGCGAAGACGUGUCGAAAGAAAAGAAAGUAGCUAAGUCAAAGGCACGCAAAACGUCAGUUUUUACGCAAGACAUGAAGCCAAGGAAUUUGAGGUCUACAUUCACUCUUGUCCAUACAGAUCAACCAUUGCCCAAUAGAGUGACAUUUGCUCCUUCACAGAGUGACGGAAGUGAACACUCAGGCAGACGUGUAUCUGGGUACGACAAUCAUGCAUCCAAUAAAUACGUCCAGCGUGCAACUUAUCAGAUUGGUCCCCGCAAGGAGUUUAGUGUCACUCAAGUUAAAAAAAUAAUAAAGGAGACAUUAGAAACUGAUUUAUCAGACAAGGAUUUAUACGCACCUAGAAGUGUUUUAUGCAAGAAUCUAGCCGAAGCAAUUAAAUUGAAAACAAGAAGACUGAAUUACGAUCGAUACAGAAUCAUCGUCCAUGUUUUCAUAUCUUCUAAAGACAAUGUGACAUUGAAAAUUUCAAGUAGAUGUGUCUGGGAUGAAAAAAUCGAUAAUUAUGCCGACUAUAUGUAUGAAACAGAGGAUUUCUAUGCUCUUGGCAUCGCCUAUGGAGUUUACAAAGAGUAG